GUUGGAUAAACCUUCCACCUGGUCACCUGCCUGUCGACCAAAUCUCUCAACCAGUCAUACUUCACUAAAAAUUGUUAUUCUUUAUUAUGAAUAAUGAGGGCAUUCGAGAUUUGCCGUGACUCGGAAAUCGACGUAAGCGUCCUACACAUCCACGAGACUGGUGAUGAGGCCAUAGGAGCAAAGUUUUAGUUCUUUUUCCUCUGUACUAUGAAUCGAUGUUCGGUUCCCUUUCUUUUUCGGCAAUUAUGUUCACACAAGAAAUAUAUUAUAGUACAAAUUUCAUAAUUCAUAUGUCUACAAAGUGGUGGUUUUUAGGGACUUGACAUUGUUUCCUUCCCCCGUGCCACCCCAUCUUCACUGUGAAUUUGCUCCAAAAUUUAAGGAGGCCGAGGUGCAAAAAUAGGGAGGAGACAGUUGGGAUGGAAGCGGUCUGCGUAGAUUUGCUGUGUCCCCCAAUGAGCAAAACAAUGUCAGCCGUCGCCCUCUCCCUCCAUUGCCAGAGCACAAAACCAACCUCCAUGACAGUCAAAUUCAACAAACCUCACCCCCCAUCCCCCGGAUUUUCUAUCAAUAAAACUGCCAAAACGAGGACGGAAUCACAGACCCGAAAGCAAAAAUAACACGAAGAAGGAGCAAAGGAGGGAACUUGUUGAGGAUUUGUUGGUUGUUUUAACUGCAUCAUUUUUCUGUCAUCUGGGUCCCCUUUGAUUGAUUCGGUGAAGACCCGGAGAGUAUAUAAAGAAAUAUAUAUAUUUUCUGGUUCUGGUUUUGGGUCGAUUCUGUCGAAGGGGGUCCAAAGAUUAUAUAUACAUUUUUAGCAGGACAAAAGAGAAACUUGGUGUGGCUUUGUUUCGAAAAUGUGGAGAUCAGAACCUGUUGCUCCUGCAGAUUCUUUCUAUCAGGUCCGACCCGAGUGCACCGAUGUCCCAAAGACUCGUUUCAAGAUCAAGGCCGGGAAAACCUUAAGCGAGAGGAAAUGGCGCGCUGCAUUUAAUGCAGAAGGGCAACUCGAUAUAGGGAAGACUCUCAGUCGAAUCCACCGUGGGGGUAUUCAUCCAUCAAUUAGAGGAGAGGUUUGGGAGUUUCUUCUGGGCUGCUAUGAUCCUAAGAGCACAUACGAGGAACGAGAGCAGAUAAGAUUACGGAGAAGAGCUCAGUACACCAAUUGGAAGGAAGAUUGCAGGUUAAUGUUUCCGCUCAUCGGCAGUGGUCGGUAUGUGACAGCACCAAUAAUCACUGAAGACGGCCAUGCCAUCCAAGACCCAAUAGUCCUUCUACAGACGAACCCCGGAGCUCAAAAUGGUCCUUUUGAUCCUACUUCGAAUCCAACCCCUAACAUGGAUGUGGAGCCUAUAAAGAAUAAGAAAGAAAUCCAAUGGAAGCUCACACUUCACCAGAUAGGUCUCGAUGUGGUUCGUACUGACAGAACAUUGGUAUUCUACGAGAAGCAAGACAACUUAUCUAAGCUUUGGGAUAUUCUCGCUGUUUAUGCCUGGUUAGAUACAGAUGUCGGCUACUGCCAAGGGAUGAGCGAUCUUUGCUCGCCGAUGAUAAUGCUUCUCGAAGAUGAAGCUGAUGCUUUUUGGUGCUUUGAACGUUUGAUGAGGAGAUUGCGAGGAAAUUUCAGAUGUACCGAUAGCUCCGUUGGAGUGGAGUCGCAACUUAAUAAUUUGGCCUCAAUUACUCAAGUUAUUGACCCGAAGCUUCAUCAACAUAUCGAACAACUCGGUGGAGGUGACUACCUCUUUGCUUUCCGGAUGCUCAUGGUCCUAUUCCGUCGGGAGUUCUCCUUUGGUGACUCCCUCUAUCUGUGGGAGAUGAUGUGGGCACUAGAAUAUGAUCCGGAUCUGUUCUCUUUGUAUGAGGAUCCCCAAUCAGCUGCCGAGAAGGAUGAAGGAUCCAAAGGAAAGCCCAAGUCCAUAAGGCAGUGCGGCAAGUUCGAGAGGGAAAACUUGAAGAAUGCCGGAAAGAACUCCGAAGCUCCUCUGCCCAUCUCUGUUUUCCUCGUUGCCAGCGUCUUGAAAGAUAAGAGCACUAAGCUACUGACUGAAGCUCGAGGCCUCGAUGAUGUUGUUAAGAUAUUGAAUGACGUGACCGGGAAUCUAGACGCGAAAAAGGCUUGCACCGGCGCUCUGAAGCUUCACAAGAAAUACAUGAAAAAACAGGUGCCCAAGAAGCCUUAGCACGGGAUGCAACAUCCCAAGGGAAGAAAUAGUCGAAGACUAGUACAAGAUGUUCUGUUCAAGCUUGGAGGUGAUUCGAGAAGAGAGAGUAUAGCAUAUUGUCGACACUACUAGCAUCAGAAAGUAUGGCUAAAGUAAAGAUGCAUCCGCUCGAUAUCUGAAAGGUCGUGCCAAUAAGCGCUUGCCGCUUAGUGAAGAUAUGACCGCUUGAAACCGUCACGGGAAUGGUGCAUAUCGAUAGGAGCUUAGACCGCAUGAAAUCGAAUGUGUGGUUUUGGCUGUCUGUUGUAACUUACAUAAGGAUGUGAUGGAAUAUGGAGAUGCUUGUACCCUCGUGAAUGAGUCGUAUGAAAUGAAAACGUUACUUGUGCUUA